AUGGGUUCUUCUGGCCUCGCUCGACUGCAGGGGCUCUUCGCUGUCUAUAAACCUCCGGGGCUGAAAUGGCUGCACGUGCGUGAGACCGUGGAGUUGCAAUUGCUUAAAGGUCUCAAUGCACAGCAGCGUUCUGCUCCUGAACAGCGUGUUCGCUUCUUGCUCAGCCCUGUGGAAGGCAGUGAAUCGAAGUUGACUCUCACAGCCACCAGUGUGCCUUCCCUCACCACCCACAGACUUGUGCGUGGUCCAGCAUUCACAAACCUGAUGAUCGGUGUGGGACAUCGCUUGGAUAUCCAGGCUUCUGGUGUGCUUGUGCUCGCUGUGGGGCACGGACGCAGUCUCCUCACUGACAUGUAUGAUGCUCACCUCACCAAGGAUUACACAGUGCGUGGCCUCCUGGGCAAAGCUACAGACAACUUCUGUGAAGAUGGGCGACUGAUAGAGAAGUCAACUUACGACCAUGUGACCAGAGAGCGGCUAGACCGGAUCCUGGCUAUGAUCCAAGGCUCCUACCAAAAAGCUCUGGUGAUGUACUCCAACUUGGACCUGAAGUCCCAGGAGGCCUAUGAGAUGGCUGUGCAAGGUGUGGUCCGGCCCAUGAACAAGUCCCCAAUGCUCAUCUCUGGCAUCCGCUGCCUGCAAUUUGCACCUCCCGAGUUUCUUUUGGAGGUGCAGUGCAUGCACGAGACACAGCAGCAGCUAAGGAAGCUGGUGCAUGAGAUUGGCCUGGAGCUGAAGACCACUGCUGUCUGCACGCAAGUGCGGCGUACUAGGGAUGGCUUCUUCAGGCUGGAUGAUGCCCUCCUGAGAACCCAGUGGGACCUGCACAAAAUCCAGGAUGCUAUCCAGGCAGCAGCCCCCCGGGUGGCAGUGGAAUUGAAAAAGAACUUGAGCCUAAAGUUCGGCCACCAGCAGCCCCCCAGGACUGGGCAAGCUUGGGGCUUCAGGGGCCCACGCUCCACUUCUAAGUUGGAAAACUGUGCAGGGGAGUGAAAGGCCAGGCAGGCGCCCGGAUGUAGGGGCAAACAGGCUCUUCACAAGGUAGAACCGGUCACUCUGCAGAGUGAGAUCAAGGGCCCUGAGCCGUCAUCUCAGCAAAACAGAAGUACAGGAGGGAGACUUCGUCUACAUCUGUGAUCUUAGUACUAUUCGCUGAGGCAGGAGAUGGCUCUGAGUUUGAGGCCAGCCUGGUCUGGUUUUCUGGAGUACUUUGUAUGUGUGUCAGUAUGUAGUGUCCUGCCAGUCAGAAUGCAAACCUGUGAUCAUCACCUAGGUGGUGGAGACAGAAGGCUCAAGAGUUCCAGGUCAUCUUUGGCUACAUAAGUUGGAGGCAACAUGAAACCUUACAUCAAGACAAUAUAAAAAGCCCAGAGUUAUUUUUAAAAGGUUUUGUUCUUAUGCGUGUGAGUAUUUACACGUGUGUUGUGUUUAUGCACCCCUUGCAUCGUGGAGGCUAGACAAAGAUGUAAGAACCCUAUGGGCUGGCCUUAAAAGGCAGUUGUGAGCCACCAUGGAGAUGCUGGGAAUGGACCACUGGUCCUCUGGAAGAACAGCCUUAACCACUGACCCAUUUCUCCAGUAUUUAAUUUAAUUGCCUGUCCUGUGAUGCAACAGCUGUAACUAUCCAGUACCCUGGCUGUAAACAGUUACAGACUGAUAGUCUUGGUGUCUACAGUGUAAACGCUAGCAGGAGAGCAGAGGAUUGUGUUCUCUGCGUGGCACUGGUCUAAGGGGUGGUAUGGAGAAGACACAACGGGUUUAUAAUAUACAGUGUUUUUGUCCUUUGAAAGGUGUAUGGAGGUUUAAUUACCCCUCCAACUCUUCUUCAACGCCAUGCCCAUUAUGUCCCCACUCAGCCUCAAGUCAGCUGUCUUUAUCAGUCCCUGAGACCAAUUAGCAUGGGCAUGGGGCCAUCCACAGCCUACCCCUCCUCCAGUAGCCCGUCAGUUACCAAUAGGGCCACAAGGUGGUGGGAUCCCCUAAGCCCCUUUGUGUGGUAAAUAAUAUUAAUUGAGAGUUUCCAACCUGCCUUAUUUAGUUCCCAGAUAAAAGACAAAACCUUUACACGUGUAAAAAGCCUCUAUGGCUAUUUUGUCUACUCUGCCAAUAACUGAGGUAUAACUUGCCAUGUUCUUGCCUCUUAUCCACUGGCCACUCUUAUCCACUGGACACCCCUCUUGGCCGGUUUUUACUAUCCCUUACCCCAUAGUGUCUUCCUCUCUCUGCUCUCUUCUCUCUUUGUGGUCUAUCCCUCAGACCCCAAGCCCCAUCUCCCCCUCUUCUGCCCAGCUGCAGCCUGUAGGUGUCUUUAUCGACCAACCAAGAAUAACUUCCGGGGGCAAGGUUACAUAGCAUCACUUGGCACAUGUGAGGAUCUUCUCUUCCUGAGGCAAACAAACCUUGGCCAGUAUUUAGCAUUACAACACAUAACAGACCAAACCCCUGACACCCCUUCUGUCCUUGCUGGAAGGUUGACUGGCUUGGUUGUGUGCAGACAGCCAGAGCUGCUAUGAGACUGUCAUGCCCAGAAGACACUUUUCCAGUAAUGUCCCCUGUCCCUGGCUUCCGAGAUGUGCCCCAAGCCCUGAAGGAGAUAGUGUGAUGCAGAUGUGCCAUUCAGGUGCAGCUACUCCUGUCACUUACUGUGCACCUCGAGCACCCGUGACUCUUGUUAACUGCUGUCUACUGAAUGAUGAGGUUUCAUGAGGCCUGAGAGCUGCUCUCACCUAUUUGUGUAAAGAUGGCUGUCUACAGGGCAGAUGAGCAAGACAGCAGGAGUUGCUUCUCUCCUAGGAUCUCAGCUAUAGGUUCUUGGCCCUCCUGUGGAGUAAGCCCUAAAUCUGAGCAGUGAAUGGUUACCUCCCUAAUUAAUAUUAGUGCCACUGCUGCAGUAAUGGACAUAUAUCUUGCCAGGGCAGUCUUCUGUUAUGGCUUGAGGGUUCACAGCUACACACGCUGUUAGUUGGCUUUUCUCCCUGAGCAACCUGCACAGCACCUUCCAAUGCUAUGAAAGGAGGUUUCCAGGCUGAUUUCUAGAUUCAUUUCUUCAUGUACUGUGAGCACAGUGUGUGCCCUCAGCAACAUGGUCUGUCACCGUAUUCUGGUGGUAACCAAGAGCAAUAGCAUUAGCUUGUAUUGUUUGGGGAUCUGAGGGACCAUCCUGAAAAAGGGAGGUAUCCCACAGUUGACAGGAGCAUUUUAAUAACUAUGGCUUCUGGGGCAGAAGUUUAGCCCCUGUGUCAAUGUAGUGUAUCUCCAUUUAAACUCUCUUAAAAACAUACAUACAUACAUACAUAAGAAUAUAAAUUUUUUAAUUGUUUUCAAGACAGUUUUGCUAUGUAAUCUUGGAACUCACUUUGUAGGUCAUGCUGACAUUGAGCUCACAGCAUCUGACUACCUCUGCCUCCUGAGUGCUCGGAUUAAAGGUGUAUGCCACUA